AUGGGGUAUCAACUCGCUCUCGACGGUGUCGGAUGGACCUACAUUACUAUCUUCAUUGUUUGGAAUGUUCUACUGUUGGCUGGUCUCACCUUCUUAUGGACUCACCGUCAGCACCCAUCAAUCCGCAUGCGAAGGCUGCCACUAUUGUUUGCGGGUAUUUUCGUGCUCCAUGUCUAUGGUUCCCUUUGCUCAGUAGCCUACCCGUUCGGCGCAGCGUUCCCGUGCUCAGUUGAAUUCUGGAUGAUGUCUAUUACAGUCCCGUUGGGCAUGGCUUUGUUCCAUGCCUCGAACAGCCAGUUCUUGCACCUCGCUAGUCGUCAGAAGCAGUUCGCUCGUAUGAGCUCUCUGAAAGACCACGAGCCCAUCGACGAGAAGAAGGCUCAAGAAGUCGUCAACAGCCGAUGGAAGAGAAUCAUGAACGGAGUAGAGCGAGCCGACAACAUCGAGCGAACUCUGAUCUUCAUUGGAAUUGGCAUGGCUGUUCAGAUCGCCCUAACUCUGUUUGUCUUCCUCGCUUCAGAAAAGUUCCAUAGCAGCUAUGGUAUCAUCAACUAUACUGUACAAGGUACUGGUAUGGAAGUGCGCGUCAACUGUAGCAAAGGUUGGGAGUGGUGGCUAUCGAUCGUGUGGCAGUUGUUCUGGUCUUGGGUAUAUGCCCCAUGGAUUCUCUUCAAGUCGCGCGGUAUUCGCGAUGUUCACGGCUGGAGACUCCAGACCAUCAUCUGUUGUCUUGCUGGGCUUCCAGCGUCUCCGCUCUGGCUCAUAGGCCUCUACACUCCUGCAUUCGCUCCCAUGAAUGCUGUCUUCCCUCCGCCAGUGUGGUUCGCCGUCUGCUUCUGUAUCAUGGAGAUCUGCACUAUCGGCUUCCCUAUCAUCGAUGUGCUAAAGGGCAACAAACUGCGCCAAGAGACCCUCGACGCCAUCGCAAACUGGGAAGCUCGCCAGAAAUUGGCUGGUUCGGAUAAAGCGUCGAUGGACGCUCCUUUCAAAGCUCCUAGCGAGUUCUCCGCUACGACAACCCUCAAGUCUAGUGGCGAGAUCAGCGUUGGCAACCAGUCAUUCGACUCGCAGAAGUCUGACAUCUUGACGAUGACUGCCCUAGAGAACGCGCUCAGGACCAACGCUAUGCCACUGCUCCAAUUUGCUGCUUUGAAGGACUUUUCUGGCGAAAAUGUCAGUUUCCUCACACACGUCUCAGACUGGCGCCUGCACUGGUUCUCACCAAAGUCAUCAACCGCCGAACACCGCCGCAGGCAAUUCCUUGCUGCCACGCGCAUUUACGCUCACUUCAUAUCCCUCGAGUUUUCCGAAUUCCCUAUCAACAUCUCAUCAAAAGAGAUGAAACGUCUUCACAUUGUUUUUGAGAGGAUGGCAAACCUCCUCUUUGGACGUCGCCGAAAUUCAGAGUCAUCGUCAACCAGCGACAACGCUACACCUUUUGAUAACGUCAUGCCUGAUGAUGCAUCGGAUUUGCCCAUCAACGACAAAAGCAAUCACCACAUGUCUGCAAAUGUCAUCAGUCUCGAUAGACUUGGACGUGCGAACUUGAAGGCUGUGUCCGGCAUGGGCGCGCUUUACUCUGACGAGUCUGUUACAGAUGUUGAUGUUCCGGACGCCUUCAACGAGUUGGUGUUUGAUGCCGCAGAGAACGAGAUCAAAUACCUUGUUCUCACCAACACAUGGCCUAAGUUUGUCAACGUUUCACGUGCCAACAGUCAGUUGAGCAAGGACGCGGACGAGGAGAAGGGCAAUGCUUUCAUGCGGAAGUUGUUGUGCGCAUGA